UACAUGUAACUAAGGUCAGAACAUCUUACAUAAGCAUUCUUCUUUUUCUGUGCCUGCUUCUCUUAAAACUCCACUUUGUACAAAGCUGCCAUUAUCCAAUUACAGUUUAUUUCAAGUGCUCACCCUUUUUAGCACCACACCUACAUAAGAGGUUUAGAAACCCUUUCUUGAGUUCUCUGUAGUGAUCAGUGUGUCCCUAGUCGACAGUGCUAUAAAGUGGCACAGGGUGUAGAAGGCAUGUUAAGUGCUUAGCUGGACCAGGUGUGCAACGAAGAGUUUCCUUAGACAUGGGCAACAAACACACCACUCUGGAUGACAUCCUGGCUGAAGACAUGCACCACUGGUACAACAAGUUCAUGAGGGAGUCUCCCUCAGGCCUGAUCACACUCUUUGAGCUGAAGUCCAUGCUUGGGCUACAGGGGAUGCCUGAGGACGCUAACGCUUAUGUGGACCAGGUCUUCUACACGUUUGACAUGGAUGGGGAUGGAUACAUAAAUUUUGUGGAAUACAUUGCUGCAGUCAGUCUGAUGCUUAAAGGUGAAAUCAACCAGAAAUUAAAGUGGUAUUUUAAACUGUUUGACCAGGAUGGCAAUGGAAAAAUCGACAAAGAAGAACUGGAGACAAUAUUCACGGCCAUACAGGACAUCACGCAAAAUCACAGCAUUGUACCGGAAGAGAUAGUAGCACUUAUAUUCGAAAAAAUCGAUGUCAACGGAGAAGGUGAAUUAACACUUGAAGAAUUCAUUGAAGGAGCCAGAGGACACCCAGACAUCAUGGAGAUGCUGAAGAAAAUGAUGGACUUGACUCCAGUGCUAAAGAUUAUUGUUGAAGGGCGACAGAAACCAGACAGCUGUGAACACGGCCAGGCCUAGCAUUUUUAAAAACGAGGAAAUAUAUUUUUUGAUGAAUAUUUCUGGACAUACAGCAGCUCAGCAACAUUUCAAAUAUUUACAUUUAUGGAAUUUUUCAGACGCCCUUAUCCAGAGCGACUCAUUCAUACUGCUGAGCAGGUUAUGGGAUUAAGGGCCUUGCUCAGGGGCCCCAGGAGUGGCAGCUUGGUGUGGCUGGGAUUUGAACUCAUGACCAUUGGAUCCAAACUCUAAUGCCUUGACAGCAUAAUGCACUUCUGUAUAGCAGAACAUAUAUAUAUGCACUUCUGUAUAGCAGUGUGCUGCCUGAAAAUGAUCAGGUGUAAUAACCCUUAACCACUUCAAUCACCUACCAAAAUCCUCAACAACAGGCAGCAAUUACAAAGCACAGGUUUUUAUUUUUUAUUUUGGGAUGAAUAGAGAGCUAAAGUGAAACUUUACACUAGCUGUCCAAAACAUUGGAAUGACUAUACUAUGCUUUAGGCGAAGCUUUUCCAUGCUGUGGGAGUGUAUUCAGCUCAAAUGAGUAAACUGAAACAGCUACCUCUUCGAGUGAAGAGCAGAAACGAAAGGGGAAACUGAUCCUUUAAUACUAUAAGGGGCUUAGGGCACUGAUGGACAGGAUAGUACCUGCAAGGCAAUGACUGGCAACCUGCUGCUUUUUAAGAAAACUUAAACUGCUGUGGGAACCAGAAGCACACUUAUUGGAGUUUUCUUAAAAUUCAGAUGAUACUGGUUUACAGAGAAGGCUGAUGUUUGUUUAAAUGAAAACAGAAUGAAGUGCUUUACAGAAAAGAAAACCACUGUUGCUUUUAUGUCACACCUCAUUACUUGUUCAUUAUGAAUUAAAAUCUGAAUUUUUGUGUCAGUGUUAUCAUUGUGUUAUCAUUAAAUGUAAUUCCUAUUGCUACAGUUAUGCAGUUUAAUGCCACAGUUUAAUGAAAUCGGUGUCUUUCCAGUGCCAUUCAUAUAAAGUAAUGCUACGCAUUCUUUUUGGUUUGUUUGUUUUGGGGUUAUAACCUAGGAGUUAUGUGAGAAUUAGUACUGCAAAAUACAGUAAUUAAUCCAAAUGAUGCAAUCUAACUGGUAGCUGACUCUGAAUUGUACUAUGUACAUGGUCUGAGUUUAAUAACCAUACAUGUAAACAUUUUCUAAAAAUCAGCUGACGCAAAACACACACGGAUUUCAUUUACAAAAAUAAAUAAAUAAAUAAAUAAAUAAAUGAAAUAAUUUAAGAGUCCAACUUGCUAAAAGCAUCAUCUGUGUUACAUAUUGGAUUGACAAACUCAAACUUGAUAAAAUGUUCAGCUUUGCAUUAUAUUAGAAGAAAUUGUAAAAAUUAUCAUCUACAAGUUUUAUGUCCACAUUUGAUCAUAAAUAAGGGCUGUUUUUCAGUUGUAAUCUUGAAAAUAUUGUGGUU